AUAUCGUUCUGUCUCAUCACUGCCUUAUUAUCGCACACAUACUGUCACGUGCUCGUGGGUCGCACACGCUGCAGCAGAAUGCGUAGUUUGUUGCUUGCCUUCCCACUACUUCUGGUAGCGGCGUCCCAGGUCGGCGCGUCGCCAGCCCAGAGGUCGCUGCGGGACUUUCUGCUGCAGCUGGGCUACGCGCUGCCGCUGGCAGACUCCUCGUGCAGCCAAGCUGGGGAGAUUGUCUGUGCUACGGGCUGCUAUGGGGUGAUCCUCUGCGUGUCAAACGGCCAGGGAGGCUUCCAGGAGGUGGUGCUGGAGACGUGCACUCAGGGCACUACCAGGUGCAGUGCCGAGCAGGGGACCUGCGUGACUGGCCCCACGGCCUGCGGCGCCGACACGACCGGCAGCAUUCCCUGCCACGGCCUCGGGUAUUUCCCAGACCCGUACAACUGUAGCGUCUACCACUUCUGCUCCGAACUGAACAUCAACUCCCAGCGAAUGGUGUGCGCUGCCGGCCACGCCUACAAUCCUCUCACGAGUGACUGCAGCUUUCUGACGUCGGAUCCAGUCUGCACGAGCGGUCCCCCCGUCCCUGCCUGUGCCAGUGUGGGUCAGAGUGGAGCACUGGCCACCAAUCCAAGCAUCUACUACGUCUGCACAGUCGACGCUAAUAACGUACUGAUCCCAUCGCUCUACAAGUGCAACAACGGAGAAAUAUAUGACGCCCCAACAUACACCUGUGUCGACCUCAAUUCGCCAACAUCUAGCACAGGAGCGGCCACGACGACGACCACUACCACAACCACGACCACGCCAGCCCCUCCCACUCCCACCCCCGCUCCCACCAGCACCACCACAUCCAGCUCUGCCCCCAUCCCAGGAACCCCCUGCUCGCCACCACUGAUCAGGGUCGCCGACCCGGAUGACUGCACACGCUACUACGAGUGCAGCGAGAACUGGACGUGGGUGCAUGCUGCCUGCACCUACGGUACCUACUACAACCCCGUGCAAAACCGCUGUGAGUUUGGCUUCUGCUAACAUGUCGCCCUGACGAAGUCAAGUGUAUCUCUGGAAGACCUCUCUAGUUCUUCACAAUCAACAUCAUGCUUUUACGAAUAAAAACAUUCUAAAAUCUG